CGUCUUCGUUUCUUUUCCUCUAAACAAUUUGGGGAAUAUGCAAGUCCAGGGGUCAUGAGCUUGACACGUAGGAAUGUAGAAGCGGCGUCGUUUCAAUGAAGAACACGUCACACUGUAUGCUGUCAACAGCGGUCGACCAAUCAAAAGAAGCGAUCGAGCCAGCAGUGCAAAAUGAACCAUUACCGUAGGUUGAAAUGGGAGAUCAAUGACAAUGGCAACGGGCUCUGUUUCUGGUGCUCCCUUCGCUUAAUCUUAAGCGCCGAAAUCCCAACAAGAGACGGAGAAGAAAGAGAGAGUUAGAUCAAGAAGAGUCAAACAUAGCUAGGGUUCCAACUCCUUGAGAAUUCAAAUAAAACACUCUUCUUUCUUUCUUAUCCCGUCUCGUAUCAGAUUGGACUUCGGAAGAAGGGAUUGUAUUGAAGCUCGAAUUGAGGUGAAGAUAGGGAGUUAAGUGAUCAAAUUCCCCCAUUUUUUUAAUCCUGUGAGGUUACUUGUGUUUUAAGGUUUUCUUCCGGCUUUUGCCGGUGAACAUUGCGUUGAAGUUCUUCGCAAACGCUUUAAUCCUGCACCUUUGAUCCUCUUCGAAGAGCUGGAAUUUGAUCGGCAUUAUAUUCAAUUAAGGGAAACUUUCAAUUGCAAUGGCCACUCCGCCACAAGCUUCCCCUGGAUACUCUAGAACAAUUACUCCUCAGAUGGAUUCUCUUUCGUCUAAACCUGAUCAAAGUGCAAUGUCUCCUGCUCCUCCCACAAUCUCCUCUGGGGCACCUAGGUUUCCUCCGCCAAUUUCACAACAAGAUCAGAUCCCUUCCCCUUCAAUAAAAUUAUCCACUAUGCUAUCUCCAGCAAAUGGAGUCAAUACUGGAAGCUCUGUUCCCCAUAUGAGUACUCCCCCUGGUCCCCCUGUAUUUGCAUCACCAGUCCGGCCUGCUGCUGUGCCUUUCCGAACCUCUCCUGCAACUCCUCAGCCAGUUGCUUUCUCAUCAGCUUCGUCUUUGCCCACAUCUUCUCCUCCCUAUUUUUCAAAUGGGUCGGUUGAGCUGCAACAGCAACUUCCCAGUGCUAUAGAGGAACCUGUGCCUGAUGGAAAGUCACCAUGUGUUUUAUUCUCGGCUCAUAAGGUGUUGAAACACAAGAAACAAGCAAACGUACCUAGCUUAGGUUUUGGAGUACUGGUUUCUCCUGGGAGGGACACUUCACCUGGUCCCCAAGUGAUACAACGUGAUCCUCAUCGAUGCCUUGAUUGUGGAGCUUAUUCGAAUUUAUACUCCAACAUACUAAUUGGCUCAGGCCAAUGGCAGUGUGUAAUUUGCGGGAAUCUAAAUGGAAGCGAAGGUGAAUACAUAGCAUUGAGCAAGGAAGAGCUUCGUAAUUUUCCUGAGUUGUCAUCACCUUUGGUUGAUUUCAUUCAAACAGGGAAUAAGAGGCCAAGUUUUGUUCCGGUUACUGAUUUAAGAACUUCUGCACCAGUUUUUCUUGUCAUAGAUGAAUGUUUAGAUGAGCAACACCUUCAGUAUUUACAGAGCUCCUUGCAUGCAUUCGUUGAUUCACUGCCACCAACAACUAGAAUUGGAAUCAUUUUGUAUGGUCGUGCAAUAUCAGUCUAUGACUUCUCAGAGGAAUCCAUUGCAUCUGCCGAGGUGAUUCCAGGUGGAGCUUCACCAACUCAGGAGGCUUUGAAAGCAUUGAUUUAUGGGACAGGUAUAUACUUGUCCCCAAUGCAUGCUUCAAAAGAGGUGGCACACCUGAUAUUCUCCUCUUUGAGGCCUUACAAGUUGAAUGUUCCAGAAGCAUCAAGAGAUAGGUGCUUAGGUACUGCAGUUGAGGUUGCUCUAGCUAUUAUUCAAGGUCCAUCUGCAGAUUUUUCACGAGGUGUAGUUAAAAGGCCAGGUGUUAACAGCAGAAUCAUUGUGUGUGCUGGUGGACCAAAUACAUAUGGCCCUGGAUCUGUCCCUCAUUCUUAUACUCACCCUAAUUAUCCUCAUAAGGAAAAGACUGCAAUAAAAUGGAUGGAGCAUCUUGGUCGUGAGGCUCAUCAACAGAACACAGUCGUAGACAUUCUCUGUGCUGGAACUUGCCCUGUAAGGGUUCCUGUGCUGCAGCCUCUUGCAAAAGCUUCAGGAGGUGCUUUUGUUCUCCAUGAUGAUUUUGGUGAAGCCUUUGGUAUGAACUUACAAAGGGCAUCAGCCAGGGCUGCUGGUUCCCAUGGUUUGUUGGAGAUUCGCUGUUCUGAUGAUAUUCUUGUUACUCAGGUUGUCGGUCCUGGUGAAGAGGCACAUAUAGAAAACCAUGAAACCUUUAAGAAUGAUCUUUCUCUCUGUAUUCAAAUGCUGAGUGUCGAAGAAACACAAUGCUUCUCCAUAUCAAUGGAGAAUAGACAUGACAUCAAGAGUGAUUUCAUUUUUUUCCAGUUUGCCAUUCAGUACUCAAAUGUUUAUCAAGCUGAUAUAACUAGAGUGAUUACUAUCAGGUUGCCAACUGUUGAUAGUGUUCCAGAAUAUCUUCAAAGUGUUGAAGAUGAGGUGGCUGCCGUCCUAAUUGCCAAGAGGACUCUCUUGGGAGCAAAAAGUCAUUCUGAUGCAAUUGAUAUGCGUACAACAAUAGAUGAAAGAGUUAAAGACAUUGCUUUAAAAUUUGGCUCUCAAGUGCCGAAGUCAAAGCUUUGUCGGUUCCCAAAGGAAAUCUCUCUACUACCAGAGUUUCUAUUCCAUCUUAGGAGGGGUCCAUUGUUGGGAAAUAUAGUUGGUCAUGAGGAUGAGAGAUCUGUACUGCGGAAUUUGUUUUUGAAUGCAUCCUUUGAUCUUUCACUUCGCAUGGUUGCCCCUCGCUGUCUGAUGCAUCGGGAAGGAGGCACUUUUGAAGAAUUGCCAGCUUAUGAUCUUGUCAUGCAGUCUAAUACAGCAGUUGUUCUAGACCAUGGUACAGAUGUCUUCAUUUGGUUGGGUGCUGAACUUGCAGCAGAUGAAGGAAGAAGUGCUGCAGCUUUGGCAGCUUGUAAAACAUUGGCAGAAGAGCUUACAGAGUUACGAUUUCCAGCUCCUCGCAUCCUUGCAUUCAAGGAGGGAAGCUCUCAGGCUCGAUAUUUCGUUUCUCGGCUGAUACCAGCACACAAGGAUCCUCCUUACGAGCAGGAGGCAAGAUUUCCACAGCUUCGAACCUUGACAACAGAACAGCGGACAAAACUGAAAAGCAGUUUUAUUCAUUUUGAUGAUCCUAGCUUCUGUGAAUGGAUUCGGAGUUUGAAAGUGGUGCCACCAGAACCAAUCUAGGAGAUGUUUUACCUUUUUUCGCCAAAAGGGGGAGUCCCAGAGAGUUGCAUCCAACCAUCAUUUAUUGGGAUUUCUACUUCUUUUUGUUCUUCUCCUUGUGAGGGGAUUGUAAAUGUAACUCAUUCAUGUUUUCUUUUUUCGUUUCUUUUUAUUAAUUAUUAUUAUUAUUUUCUUUUCUUGCUCUCUCUUUGAUAAAGAUAUCACCCUCAUUUAAGCUUCAAAUAAACAGCUAUACUUAAUAGAAACUACAAAGUUUUUAACA